CCUCUCCUUCCCCAGCCAAAUCCAUAUCAAAAGCUUCUCUCGUAUUCUCCCUUCUUCUCUCGCUUGUUCAACAAUGGCUACGCUCACUUCUCUGUCUACGCCACUUGGCACUGCCUCCUGCGAGAAGCACGCAAAAGCUCUUCACUUCAUCGAAAAGAUGACCAAGAACGCCGAUACCGUCCAAGAAACGGUUUUGGCAGAGAUCUUGAUCCGAAAUGCCGAGACUGAGUACCUCGGCCGUCACCGGAUUAAUGGAGCAACCGACCGGGAAACCUUUAAAUCUAAGGUUCCGGUCAUCACCUACGAGGAUCUUCAGCCUGAGAUCCAACGCAUUGCGAAUGGUGAUCGCUCCGCCAUCCUCUCCGGUCACCCCAUCUCUGAAUUCCUCACUAGCUCUGGAACAUCAGCUGGUGAGAGAAAGCUGAUGCCCACAAUUCAAGAAGAGCUCGAUCGCCGUCAACUUCUCUACAACCUUCUCAUGCCCGUCAUGAACCUAUACGUUCCGGGGCUGGACAAGGGGAAGGGGCUAUACUUCUUGUUCGUCAAAUCCGAAACGAAGACUCCUGGGGGGCUAUUGGCACGUCCAGUGCUCACAAGCUACUACAAGAGCGAACACUUCAAGACGAGGCCCUUCGAUCCUUACAAUGUAUACACCAGCCCCAACGAAGCCAUCCUCUGCUCCGAUUCUUUCCAGAGCAUGUACACCCAGAUGCUAUGUGGUCUCUACCAACAAAAAGAAGUCCUCCGAGUGGGUGCCGUGUUCGCCUCCGGGUUAAUCAGGGCGAUCCGAUUCCUCCAACUUAACUGGGAGCAACUCGCCCAUGACAUUUCCACCGGUACCCUGAACCCCAAAAUCACCGACCCAUCCAUCCGCGAUUCCAUGUCCCGAGUCCUCAUACCAAACCCUGAACUCGCCCUAUUUAUUACCAACGAGUGCUCCGGUGGAGAUUGGGAAGGAAUCAUCAGCAGAAUCUGGCCAAACACCAAAUACCUCGACGUGAUAGUCACCGGUGCCAUGGCCCAAUACAUCCCAACCCUCGAUUACUACAGCGGCGGCUUACCCUUAGCUUGCACCAUGUACGCUUCCUCUGAGUGCUACUUCGGCCUCAACCUUAAACCCAUGUGCAAACCCUCCGAGGUGUCCUACACAAUCAUGCCCAACAUGGCCUACUUCGAGUUCCUCCCUCACGAACCCACAUCGUCCACACUGAGCUGCAACCCACCUCCUCGACUUGUCGACAUGGUCGACGUCGAAGUAGGUAAAGAAUACGAACUGGUGAUCACCACCUACGCAGGGCUGUAUCGGUACCGAGUCGGCGACAUACUCCGUGUCACCGGGUUCUACAACUCAGCUCCCCAGUUCCACUUCGUGAGGAGGAAGAACGUUCUUUUAAGUAUCGACUCGGACAAGACCGACGAGGCUGAGUUACAGAAAGCGGUGGAGAACGCGUCGGAGUUGUUGCGAGACUACAACACGAGCGUAGUGGAGUACACUAGCUACGCAGACACGAAGAGCAUUCCAGGGCAUUACGUGAUUUAUUGGGAGUUGCUGGUGAAGGAUCCAGAGAACGCGGCGAGUGAGGAGGUUAUGAAGCAGUGUUGCUUGGCCAUGGAAGAGUCUCUAAAUUCUGUUUACAGACAAGGAAGAGUGGCGGACAACUCGAUCGGAGCGCUGGAGAUAAGGGUAGUGAAAAGUGGAACAUUUGAGGAGCUCAUGGAUUAUGCCAUCUCAAGAGGAGCUUCCAUUAACCAAUACAAGGUGCCCAGGUGCGUCAACUUCACACCUAUCAUGGAACUCCUCGACUCCAGGGUCAUCUCUGCGCAUUUUAGCCCUGCUUAUCCUUAUUGGACCCCUGAACAACGACGGUGAGUACUGACCAAUCAUCAACAAGAAAAAAGAAUAAAAAAAAUCCCUUUAUUCUAAUUUUUAUUUAUUAUAAAUUUCGAAGUAGCUAGGUAGCUAGCCAUCUAGGCUUUUCCUGUAUCACUGUCUUUCAUCUUGAUAGGCUUUUAAGCUUUAGUUACGUAAGAUGCGUGUCUAGACUCUAGAUUGGGAUAACAUGUAAUGCGUCAUGAAACUGUCGUAACGCAUCUGUCUGUUUGUAAAAAGAAACAGCUCUUUCAGUUUCGUCUCUUCUUCUUCUUCUCUCUCUUUUUCUCUGUGAUCAAUGGCAUGACUUUUUAAAUUAGAUGAAA